GCAAGGUUCACACCUUUUUUUCUCUUCUUAAAAGCAAAGUGUGUAAAUAAAUUUCGAAAUAUUAUUUUUUUUUUCACGAGUGACCAAAAAAGAGCAUUUAUUGCUAAAAAAAAAGUGAAAUUAAUUUUUUUUUUUUUUGAAAAAUUAAAAAAAAAAUAUUUUCAAAAAUUAAAAAAAAAACAUUAGAAGCCAUUUCUGCAUUUUUUGUAAAGAAAAUCGAGCUUACAGCAAAAAAAAAACAAACUGGCGUUUUUACAUUAAAAAAUAAAAAUUAACAAAGUCACAUAAAAAAUCAACCAAAAAUGAGGCUCCAAACCAUCCGAUGGUCCAACAUAUCAAAAAUGCUGGAUUUUUAUUCGCAAUUCAACCCGUCUCCCUUGUCCAUCAAGCAGUUCACAGAUUUCGGCAUCAAUGCGUGCGAAAAGAAGUCCUUCACAUUCUUGCGGAAGGAGUUGCCCGUUCGUCUGGCGAACAUCAUGAAGGAAAUCGCGCUUUUGCCGGAUAAUUUGCUGAAACAACCGUCUGUGAAUCUCGUUAGCUCAUGGUAUGUAAAAAGUUUCGAAGAAGUCAUUGAAUUCGAAAAAGCAGAUCCGUCGCCCAGUAAUCUUCUGAAAUUUUGUGAGCAAUUGACCAAAAUAAGAGAUCGCCAUUCAGAUGUCGUGCAAACGAUGGCUCAAGGUAUCAUUGAGCUGAAGGAAUCCCGCGAAGAUGGAAUUAUCGAGCCAUCGACGGAGCUGUCAAUUCAGUAUUUCUUGGAUCGGCUUUACAUGUCGCGGAUUAGCAUUCGGAUGUUGAUCAAUCAACACACUCUCAUCUUUGGUGAUAAACCGGCGGAAGGACGCCAUGUUGGCUGGAUCGAUCCAACUUGCGAUCCCGUUGCCGUUAUUCGUGAUGCCUACGAGAAUGCUCGCUUCCUCUGUGAUCAAUAUUACUUGGCGAGCCCCGAAUUGGAGAUUCAAACGCACAAUCAGCUGCAUAAGGGUGAUAAAAUUGGAAUUUGCUACGUGCCAUCGCAUUUGUAUCACAUGCUUUUCGAGCUUUUCAAGAAUUCGUUGCGUGCCGUCAUGGAAGCGCAUGGAAACGAAAACGAUUUGCCGCCUGUCAAAGUCAUGGUUUCAUGCGGCAAGGAAGAUGUCUGUGUUAAGGUUUCUGAUCGCGGAGGCGGCAUUCCUCGUUCCCAAGCUGACCAACUCUUCAAAUACAUGUACAGUACUGCGCCGCAACCGUCAAAGUCAGAUUCGCAUACAGUGCCAUUAGCUGGAUAUGGUUACGGUUUGCCCAUUUCUCGAUUGUACGCGAGAUAUUUUCACGGAGAUUUGGUCCUUUUCUCGUGUGAAGGAUACGGAACUGAUGCCAUUAUCUAUUUGAAGGCAUUAUCCGACGAAGCAAACGAACUUUUGCCGAUUUUCAAUAAAACAAGCACGAAAAUCUACAAAGCCUCCGUUCCAACAGGUGACUGGAGUAAUCAGGGUUCCGACAUGAACUCCCGUCAAAUAUUUUCGCAAAGCAAGAAGACUAUUAUCUAAAUGUUUAACUUUAGAGGAGGGAAGACUUAAACAUAUUUAAAAGAAAUUAUUGAAUUAAUAUUUAUCCAAAAUUAAAUUCAAAGCUUUUUGGGCUUUUUGAUAUAAGAAAAAGGAUUUUGACACACAGAAUAUUUGUAGUAAAGUAGAAUCUUCUUAAAAUAUUUAGACGUUGUUUUUCACCAAAUAGAAAAAAAUUCAAUGAACUUCCAGCUGAUCACCGAAUAAGACUGCAAGAAGAAGUCUACCUCAGAGUCCCAUGAAAUUGUAGCUUUUCAAAAUUUUGAUUCGCACGCGUUCAAAGUAGACUUAGAUGCAGUUUUGACCACAAAAUGAAGUAACGGAGCAGCAACUUAUACAUAGUUACAUAAUAUUAU